AGCUCUAUAAUGACUGCUGAUAACAAGACUGAGAAGCUUCAAGGAAGAGCAUUGUUCGAGGCUAUUGGUAAGCCAAAGACAAUUGUAGCACCUAUGGUGGACCAAUCGGAGUUGGCAUGGAGAAUAUUGUCUCGUAGAUACGGUGCAGAGUUGUGCUACACACCCAUGUUCCAUGCUCGUUUAUUUGCCAACGAACCAAAAUAUAGAGAUAGCAUGUGGUCUGAACUCGAUGGGGACAAGGAGAAAGAUAGACCACUUAUUGUGCAAUUCUGUGCCAAUGAUGCAGACUACUUGUUGAAAGCUGCUCGCUUUGUAGAAGACAAAUGUGACGCUGUAGACUUGAAUCUUGGGUGUCCACAAGGAAUUGCCAAGAAGGGGAACUAUGGAGCCUUCUUAAUGGAUGAUUGGGAAUUGGUUCACAAAUUGAUUAGAAACUUACACGAUAACUUGAAGUGUCCUGUCACUGCAAAGAUCCGUGUUUAUGACGAUUGGGAGAAGAGUUUAGAAUAUGCAAAGCUUGUUUUGGAUGCUGGAGCUCAAUUUAUCACCAUCCACGGCCGUACUCGUGAUAUGAAAGGUCAAGCCACUGGUUUAGCUAACUGGGACCUUUUACGUUACUUGAGAGACAACUUACCUGAAGACCAAGUAUUUUUCGCCAACGGUAAUAUCUUGUAUCCCUCUGAUCUUCAAAGAUGUACCGAUGCCGUGAAAUGUGAUGCUGUCAUGUCUGCUGAGGGUAACUUGUACAAUCCAGCGGUAUUCUGGACCAAGACUGAUGACAUUGAUAUGCAGUUCCGCCGGGUAGACAAAAUGCUUCGUGAAUACUUUGAGAUUGUGAAGGAGGUUCCUGGGGAAGCAUCUAGACAUGCUAUGAAGAGUCAUUUUUUCAAGUUACUCCAUGCCUUCUUGAACGUGCAUACUGAACUUAGACCUGUUAUUGGAAAAACAAGUGUUCAUUCUUCCUUUGAUGAAUGGGAAAAAAUUGUUGUCCGUGUGGAAGAAAUUGUCGAGGAAAUCUACCAAAAGGAUAACAUUUCUGAAAUAGAUGUUGUUACCACAGGAGAAGUUCAAAGUUGGGGUGGAAGCUACAAGACUGUUCCAUUCUGGAGAUGUCAACCAUACUUCAGAACUGUAAAUGGAGAAAAGCAAAACACUAGAGUUUUACACGUUGCAGCCACUGAAAAGGUAGAAAAGACUUCUAAGAAAGAAGUGAAACAGGAUGCCAAGGUACAAACUGAAGAAUCCUCUACAAAGAGAAAACCAUCUGAAGAAUUAGAAGGUGAGCGCAAAAAGGUUGAUAUUGAGAAGGAAAAUGUGACCAUAUAA